AUGGACCAAGGAAGCACUAGCCCUCCUCAACCAUUGUUCAUCCCACCAUCUAGCCCCAUCAUUGGUUCCCUACCUCUGUCAAAUCCCAUCAGUCCCAGCGCCGUCCCUCCGCCAAUUCCCAACUGUUGCACCUUAGCCGACCUACUCAUCCCACCAAUCAGCCGAAAUCCUUCGCAAAGCUCAGUCUCUGAUUGCAAGCCAGCCAGCAUCAUCAAAUCAACUCCUUCCGGCAGCAUGAAAGACGCGGAGCCUUCAAAGAAGAAGAAGUUCCCCAAGCCAUUGAAAACUAACCUGAAACUCAAGCCAAGGCCGCCGUCUUCUCCACGCUUGAGGAAGGAUCGUACCGCGCACAAUGAUGAUAGUGAUUACGAAGUACCUGAAGUAAUGCCACCCAACCCCUUGGAUGAUACUUCUUCUGACGACGCUGAUGAUGAAAGUGCCAAUUUUGCUGAGAGUGAUGCACCCAAGACCGACAAUGACAUAGAAUUCAAUCAAAUCCCAACAAGAAGAAGAAACAAACUUCCCGGAGUUAUUGACAGCGACAACGGAUUCAACUCUGACAAUGCUGAUGCUGAUGGCUCCGACUCGAACCCCAAUAAUCCUGAUUCCAACUCUGGCUCUGACACCAGAAAUUGA